AUGGCUACGAAUAUUGGCGGUGGAUCGCCAGAUUUUUCACAGCCCUGGAAAUUUAGCGAUGUUAUUCUCGUCGUCGAUGAACAAAACUUCCACGUUCACCGAGCCAUACUUGCCUUUGGGUCGCCUGUGUUUGAGAGGAUGUUUAAAUCAGAGUUUAAAGAAAAGUGGAAGAACGAAAUCCCUCUCCCUGACAAAAAAGCGAGCGAGUUCGAAGAGUUCCUCCUGCACAUUUAUCCCUCUGGAAAAGAGAGAGCAAUAACGACAGAAAACUGCGACUUCCUGCUAAAGCUUGCUCACGAGUAUCAAAUGGCAGCCAUUGUGGAGAGAUGCGAAGAUUUCAUGGUCAGUAAGGUUAAGGCAAAGCCGAAUGAUAGCAUUCUGGAAGAUUUGGUGAUUGCGCAAACGUACAAGCUAGAAAAGCUGAAAUUAGCCAGUGUUCAGCGAUCACACAGUCUUCGUUUAGGAGAGCUUAAAAGCGACAAGACAUACGAGCAAAUCGAGCCAGAGAAUCUUAAAAAAAUCAUGGAAGGAAUUAUAGAGCGAUUGGAAAGAGAAUUGCAGGAGUCCCAGUCGGUCUCCACGACUCGGCAGAUGGAAGUUGAAAGAAUGAAGCGAAACCAGAAAUAUGCGAGAGAUACAGGCUUACAAAGCGUUGAGAAUAUUGCCAGGCUAUUGGUUAACCAUGCUGCUAAUAAGGGCAUUUAUACAUUGGUGAAUUGUUCCGAAACAAAUGGUCUUCUGGCAGCUUUAGGUCAGGAUUAUUAUGAAAAGAGUUGCCCGUGUUUGGGCUUAAGUGGCACGGUUAAAGACCUAAGACAACUGAAACAACUGUUAGAGUCUUUGUCAUGAAGUGAUUUUGCACAUGAAACUCGGUUUAUUUUUGUUCUGUUUUGUUUUUGCGAGAUUAGUAGGCAAAGGCAAAGAAGCUAAAGCCUGAGGAGUUUGAAUCUGAUCUGUGUUUGAGUGCGACAUCAGAUUUUUUUGCUUUUUUCAUAAGUAAAGUUUUCUUUGAAUGGCUUUUUAUUUCAUACAUACUGAGAUUUACACUGUGAAGUCGGUACUCUUGUUCGUGUCUCUGAUUGGACGAAAGAUGUAUUUUCACGUCGCUCUCCCCGUAUUUCAUGGUGUAAAUCUUAGUAUAUAUGAAAUAAAAACAUCGUAUCAUGGAGAUUGCUUGAACAACUUUUAUUUACGAGUUGGAAUGCAUAAAAAAACUCCCUCGUUCGUUUUUUUUUUUUGAUGCAUCGCAACUCGUGAAUAAAAGUAUUUCGCGCGCACUAUCCAUAGAAUAAUCUCUUCUUCGUCGAAGCUUCCAGAAGUGUAAGCGAGACAGUUUGUAAUAAGACUUAGCUACUUGUCUUUGAAGGUCAAGCUAUAUGAAACUUCCAACGAGUUCAAGAUUUUAUCGUAUUUCUAUGUUUUAUCAUUUUCCAAAUAUUUUAGGAGAAUAUUUUAUUAAAAGUUGCUGGAAAGUAUGGUUGGGGAUUUCUGUUUAGGUUGAUUACUUCAGGCUUCAAUCAAUAACUAACCUUUUAACUGACCUAAUUGUUAACUCGCUUACGUCACUAGAAUUAUUUGCUCACGUGUGAUACAGCUAAGAACUAGACAAUCCAUUUCCGUUCAGAAUUGUAAAACCACCCUCUGAUCGCAAAAAGCCCGGAAAGCGCUUUAAAUAUCUGGAAUUUAAUUUUAAUGUCCAAUCAAGAAGUAACCACGAAUUAAUUGACAAGUAACAUUAAGGGCUUAGGAAAAACGUGAAAUAUAUGAAGGUUAUAAAACCUACCCUCUCUCGGUAAGGGGAAAACAAGUAGAAAUAAUUCAUUUCGCCCUUUGAUUCGAGAUUAAUAUUAUGGAAAAAAGAAAGAAAAAAAAAGGAAUUUGUACACUUCUUUAUCAAACAGGAAGGAAAGAGAAAGUGUGUUCAUGUUCCUCACUGCAUCCUUCGAAGUUUCACAAGCCAACAUUUGGUGGAUGCUAAUACAAGAAAAAUGUACUGCAAAGUCGCAAUUUCCAUCCCAAGGAUUCAAGUAUCUCUUUCAUGGACUCUAAGUACCCCCCUAGUUUUGCUCAAACUUUUGCAAGGUGACCUUAUAGUCGAUCUCUUAUAUUCGGAACAUCUGUCACGGUCGAAUCUUAAGACUGCAAUAUUUUUGUCAACAUUUUCAAAAUAUUUUCUUGCAUUGGGUCUGCAUUUUGAAGGCAUGGCAUUACCUGAAAAACGCUUGCUUUACCUCGCCUCAUUCGUAUGGAUCGUAACUAAGGCAAUCUUCCACCACAAAUCAUGUAACAUUUAGGGCUUUUAGAGCACGGUUGGAUUGACGUGACAUGCAGGCAAAAUAAUGAGCUGUGACUUUCAUUACAUUUGCGUCACCCCAACUCAUCGAAUGUCGCCUUGAACGCAAAACAAACGGUGGUUAUUCGCCAUCAGUUUAAAAUAUUCUUCAAGAUGAGCACAUAUCUGAUGAGCAAUAUAAACAUGCUAAACAUGUGUAGCAGACAUUCAAUCUCAAGACAAUGGGUCAGUAUCAUGAUCUGUGAUCAAAUAUUCUUUUGCUUAGUGAUGUAUUUGAGAAUUUUAGACAGACCUGUCUGCAAUAUCUCAAACUUGAUCCAUGCCAUCAUUUUACGUCUCCUGGACUGUUUUGGGAUGCUAUGUUGAAAAUGACUGAUGUAAAAUUAGAACUGAUGACAGACAUUGGUAUGUUUCAAUUCACUGAAAAAGGAAUACGUGGUGGCAUCUCAUAUAUAGCCGAUCGAUAUGGAAAAGCAAACAAUAAAUACGUCAAAGAACUGUGGUGAGAAGGUACCCUCAAAGUAUACUAUGUAUCAGUUUAUGAGAUACAUAAUAAACCAUAAUAUGAUAUAAUAUAAUUGAGUGAAAUAGCUAUUAAUAAAGUCAGUUUAGCUGAAUACACAGAAGAAAAUGAAAAAGGAUUAAUUCUUGAUGUUGAUCUCAAGUACCCACAGAAUUACACGAUGGUCACAACGACUACCCACUUGCCGCCGGAAAAAUCUGUGUUUUUGAAGAUAUGCUUUCAAAUUAUUGUUAACAAAUAGGACAGAAAUACAAUAAAAGAAUUGGGAAGGUCAGAAAACUAGUUCCAACAUAGUCUGAAAAACAAAAAUAUGUACUUCACUACAGAAACCUUUAACUAUAUUUCAAUCUUGGAUUAAAGAUAAAGAACAAUCCAAUCAGUCAGCUUGGUUGAAGUAGUGUAUUGAUUUUAAUACACAGACUGGAAGAACUGCAGCCAAAAACUCAUUCGAAAAAUGAUUUCUACAAGUUUAUGAAAAAAAGCUUAUUUGGCAAAAAAAAUUGAAAGACAGCUCAAAGCCAACAUUUGUAAGCAGUAAAAUUUUUAAUGACAAUCAUAGGAUUGCUAUUGUUAGGUCAUGUAACAGUCGCAGGAUUCUUUCGACCAAUCAGCAAGUGUCUAAUGUAUCGUGCAUAAAAUCAGCUCCUAAGAAGUAAAAGAUACACAGAUGCUAACCAGUUUAUUUCAUCACAUCAUGAACUUCCUGUUUUUCUGAGAAUGUCACGCAAUGGUAUGCGAGCAAAAUUUAAAUAGGAUUUUUUUUUACUAACAAACUUUACAAGUGAGAAUAAUAGCAAUCUGGUGACUCAUUUCUUUGGGAAAGUUCCUUAUGCACCAUAGACUUCCUUACUCAAAAUGUUUUGUGCGCGACUGAGAAUACGCCACGGUGACACUGUUUAAUUAAGCCCUCCUCUCAGUAUACUGUCAUGCAAGAGUUCACGCUUGUAUUAUGGUUUGCGCCUUUCGAUUUCGCUACCUGUGAGUUACGUUGAUUCCUUGUGUUUCUUCCCAAUUACCUGUUUCCUGUCUCAUUUUAUCGGUCCACGAUGGCUACUUGGAAAAUUUCUAAAAAACCAAGUGAUCGACCUGAUUUUUCAGAGUCCUUGUUGUUUAGUGACGUAGUUUUUGUGGUCGAAGAUAAAAAAUUCCACGUCCACCGGUAUAUUCUUGCACAAUGGUCGCCUGUAUUUAAGACGAUGUUCUUGUCUGGAUUUAAAGAAAAGAACUUGAGUGAGAUUCCUCUUCCGGGCAAAAAGGCGAGUGAGUUCAAGGAACUUUUGCUGCUCAUUUAUUCCACUGUAUCUGGCGAAACUCUAAAUGCCAUCAACGACACCAAUUGCCAAUCUUUGCUCAGGCUCGCUCGAGAGUAUCAAAUAGAAGCUAUUUAUAAGAAGUGCGAGGAACAUAUCGUCAAAAGGAUAAGAAAUGCACCAGGAAAUACCUUCAUGGCAGACAUGAUAUUUGCACAGACCUGUAACUUUGAGAAACUUCUUAAAAUCAGUGUCGAGAAAGCUAUUAACCACUUACGGUUGGAUGAUAUUAAGAGGCAUGAGAUGUUUAAUCAAAUCGAGCCACAGAUUUACAAACAAAUCUUGGAAGGAAUCAUUCAAAGACUUGAGGAGCCAGUAACCUGUGGUCACUGCGGUUUU